CAUGAGUUUGAAGUUGAAAAUCCACACCUCGAGUGAGCGCAGGCCUAGCUUCAAAGGGAAGUCCAGGAUCCUACUCCAGUCAUCCCCGCCUCCGGAAUCCCCUUUACUCAAAGGAAACAACUGCGAGGCUCUCGAGGUAGAUGGAAGGCAAUGUCAACAUGAGCUGGCUUCUGAGGGGGAGACCUGGUGCAAGAGACACACGCGGGAGCUGAAGGAACUCAAAACACGAUGGACAACCUACUUGAGGGACGCAGAACGUAUCGAAGCACUCAGCCCGAGUGCUGCAAAGCAGAGGGUUCUCAAAUUUCGUCAAGCGGUUGAUCAUCGAAGGCACAUUCGCGAGAGAUUCUAUCCGCGCGGAGGUGACACAGCGGACUUCAUCAAAUGGAUUACCAAACUGGAGAGAGAUGUCAGAGCACUUGCCGACUCUAUACUCAUGUCGAAUCUGGACCGCGGUCCUACCCCUGAAACACCGGGAGCUACGACACCUCUCCCCGACAAAGCGAAUUCCGAAAAGAUCAUGAUACUGCAAUCGCCCCUGGACCCCCGAAUCCCGAUUGAUUCCCUGCAAGGUAUGCCGGACGAUGGUACAAUUCUCAUCUUGAAGCACUUCUACAGGGAUCUCUGCGCUGAGGGGGUUCGCCGCCUGUACAGCAUCAUCCCAGAUUUGAACGACUCGGCACGAAGACCCGGAUCGCCAGUCAAAGAUGCGGUUCAAGACAGUGGAACAGAUAUCAUUCGCGCUUGGUUCCGCAUCAUGAUCUUGAAUGAUAGCGAAGCUGAGGCUUUGGAGCAUGCUACGCGAUCGAAAAGCAUUGAUGAAUUUCUGUCAGGUUGUCAUGCCAGUCAGCUCGAAACAUACUGUGAUUUCUUUGAGAAGGCCUGGCGGCCACACGCUUUACAGUAUCUGCGGGUUGCUAUAUGUGCGCAGACGUUGGCGGGGGGAGAUAUCAAGACGAUUGGCUUGCUAGGAGGAAUGAUCCCGAGCACUACCGAGAGCCUGAAAAUGACGAAGCCAUGCUGGGAUAUCCUCUAUCGAUGGUUUCCUAGCCUUCUGACCCCCUGGACUGUGGCUAGCAUCUGCUCAAACUUCGAAGAUUACACCACUAUCUGCAAACUGUUGAUGCUCGGUCUGUACCGAGAAUAUUGGUACGACCCGGGAAGUAUCCUAGCCGAAUGCCCGACAGGCAUAUACUUAGGCUUCUUGCCAUCCAGCAAGGGCGGCGUGAUGACUACUACUGCUUUCAAACACAUGCAGGAUCACAUUGUGCAAGAGGAAUCCAGAAACUAUAUAUGCGGCCAAAUGGCAAUCGCCGACCCCUUGACCCAGGAAUUUCUCGAUGAGUUACGAAGGAGAUCCGAAAGGCUUCUCCUGGUAGUCUACGAAGGAACGAACGCAGACGCGACUGUGCAUCCAAGCGAUGCUGACAUAUUCAUCAAACGUCAUCGGGCAGCCAAAUCUCACGAAGAGCUGGACUCGGCGGAGUGGACUACCACCGUGACACUCGAAGAUAUCAAAAAUGAUCUGCGUCUCCGGAAAACGUCGAUGUAUGACCCUAUCGUGGUUGACUCCUGGUAG